AAUUUGUUGCUACACCGCUACCAUCUCUAUUAGUCGCAAUGAGCCAAGAAGACAACUACGUAUACAGUUCCGUGAGCUGCCAACCUAAAAUAUUUGGACGAAAAGAAAUUGUUUAUAACGAAGUGGACGACAUUCUCGGUUCCGGAGGCUUCGGCGUCGUCUAUCGAUGUCAGUUGGCGAACUCUAGCGAAGUAGCAGCGGUCAAACGUCUCACCACACCACACCAUCUCAAGCGCAGCGAGGUGACAGAUUUCAUUAGGGAAGCCGAUAUAUUGCAACAGCUUACAGAUUGCCCAUAUAUCAUCCGUUUCUUGGGAAUGUGCAUCGACUCUGGUCAUUAUGCAAUUGUUAUGGAAUAUAUGGAGAAUGGAAAUUUGGAAGAGAUGUUGCUGUCUGGAGUGGACGAUCACCCAAUUAUCAAACAUUGGGACUGUCGGAUUCGUAUGGCUCUAGAAAUUGCCAAGGGAAUGAACUAUUUACACAGUCUGCCAACACCGAUUAUUCACAGAGACUUGAAGACAACGAAUGUGUUGGUGGGUUGCAACUACGGCUGUAAAAUUAUUGAUUUUGGACUAGCAAAAGUACGAGGCAUUUCAUCAAAACAAACAACAAGCAGUUACAAAGGAACAGUGGCAUUUACUGCUCCUGAAAUUUUUAGCAGAAAAAUUGAAAAGGGGAAAGAGAUGAAAGUUGAUGUUUACUCAUAUGCAAUAAUCCUUUGGCAGCUGAAAGAAAUGCAACCAGUCUAUGAUGCUGAGAAUCCUUGUGUCAUACGAGCAAAUGUUAUGGGUGGUGAGAGACCUCCAAUAAGUGAUAAUGAUUAUCUAGAGGGAUAUAAAGAGAUCAUUGUACGUUGUUGGGAUGGACAACCAGAUUGCAGGCUCCAUUUCAAAGAGAUUGUAGUUAUGCUGGAUGGAAUCAUGAGCCAAAUGUCUUCCGGAAAUGCUGAUAUAGAUCUUGACACUGAGGACGGUUAUACUUAUGUGCCAGAUGACCCUUCAUUGGAAUCAAUAAAUCUUCCUUGCCUUCGUGUCAGUCGAUCUCCGACUGCGAUCACUAGUCAAACUGAAGUGCCGUCACAUACCAAUGACAUGAAGUCACCUGUGAUGACGACUGGAGUGACUACUAGAACAAAGGGACCCAUCAUGUCUUCUAGACCGGUUGCGAAACCACGAGCUAAGUUACCGUCAAAGGUCACGUCAAUCAAGGUUUCUAAUCUCGACAUUGAUGAUGACAUUUAUACCUGUGUGCCUGGUGAGCUUUACGUGGAACCGAAAAAUCUUCCUCCCUCUCAUGUCACUCCAACUCCAACUAUGACCACCAAUCAACCUAACGAACCAUUAUGUGCCAAUCAAUACAAGUCAUCUGUAGUGCCUACUGAAACAAAGAGACCCAGCGUGCUUCCAAGACCUGUUGCGAGACCGCAAGGUGUUUCAUGCUUGCACUCUGCUCACAUGCAAUCUUCAUCGCCGUCAAAGUCGGAGAUGCAACUGAAGGCGGCGACGAAGACUGAAAUUGCUGAACUGUAUUCGAAGACUCCGUCGCAAUUGCGAUUUAAACUUGGAGUAAAACAAUUCGUUUCACGUCAUUCUGCUGCCAAGAGAGUAGAUCGAACAGCAAUCCCAUCUGAAGCAGCUCUGAAUCCCAGUCUCCGUGAAAGGAUACGUACGGCUCUUCGAGAUUCUCUAUGGCCCACACGACACAUCGGGGUGCACACCCUACACACACUGGCACUCUUGUCUCCUAGCAACUGCCGAAAGAAGCAAUGGGGAUUCCAACCCAAUGGAGCAGCUAUUUCGGAUCCUACAACCGUAUGUCGUCGCAGUCGAUGCCAUUUCUCUGAUCUUUGGCGGAGAGAACCGUGGCGUUCGACGAAUGCACGAAGCUUGCUAUCAAGGGUCUCGAUACCGGUUUAUAUACAGAGGUGGACUUUGGAAAACUAUGUAACCCUAUAUAUAGCAUGCCUUGAUGACCACAUCAAUGUUCACAUUGACGUUCACAGUCCUAGCGAGUAUACUAAACCUGUUUCCGAUGGUGUGGUUAUAACGACCAUAGAGCACUAUGGCUAUCCGACACCCUACAAUCUCCUAGAGCUGGACAAGGAGUGUCUUGAGAAGCUUCUGCAAAAGGUGGGAUUGGAUGUGCUACACGUCGUAGGCGAGGUAGAGAACGACUCUGCCGCGACUUUGCAAGGAACGAGAUCUAAGUACUAUCGACGUAUGGACAACGAGUCUAAUGGUUGGUAG